AUGCAGUUCCCGGAGCCUCACAUACGAGCCCCUCGAAAUGAGCAUACCCAUACGGCCAUUGUACUUCAUGGCCGGGGAAGCGAUGGCCCGGAAUUCGCUGAAGAGUUAUUUUCCUCUGUGACUUCACAGGGGAAAAACUUGCCCGACAGUCUCCCGAACUUUCGCUGGGUCUUUCCGACUUCUGGUGACCGAUGGAGUGCAAGGUUUCAAGAAGACAUGCCAUCUUGGUUUGAUGCAUACUCCCUCGAAGACAUCGAAGCAAAACAAGAACUACAAGUCGAUGGACUCAGGGAGUCAGUAAUGCAUAUGCUAGAACUGUUAGAUCGUGAGAUCGAGCAAGUUGGUGGUAAUCCUCAUCGUGUCUACCUCGGGGGCAUCAGCCAGGGUAUGGCGACCGCCCUGUGGACACUGCUUUGCGCACCAGGGAGAACCCAAGGGCCCCUUGGUGGUGUUUUGGGAUUUUGUGGGUGGUUGCCUUAUGCUGGACAGGCAGAGAAUCUCAUCAAAGGAUUUUCAAAUAUUCCUGACCGAUUAGAUGUGCCCAGCAAGCGACGCCAAGGGUCUCAGUUGUUGUUGGAUGUGAUUGCUGGUCCAAACACGACACAUAUCAAUGAAAAUACUGACUUAUCUGUUCUAUCAACUGCAAUAUUUCUGAGUCAUGGCUCGGAUGAUGAAUGGGUUCCUGUGAGACUAGGCCGUCAAGCAGCCCGGGUCCUUCAGGGCUUUAACCUCACAACCGAAUAUCACGAGUUUAUUGGUGCUGAAGUAGAAGGCCAUUGGAUUGCAGAGCCUAAAGGAUUCGACCAAAUUGUUAGGUUCAUCCAAAAACAGGUGGAACAAAAUCAUUAG